CUCAUAUCACAUUCACAACCCCGCAGAAAGCUACUGGCUUAAUUGGCCAACUUUCUCGUCACAUAAACCACAAUGUCUGGUAGUCGAGUAGGUUUUAAUGUUUUCUUAGUCGCCGCCGUUGUUGCGGUGGCCGCAUUCUUUGCGCCUCCUGCGGAGGCGGCGCGUGCGUUCUUCGUGUUCGGCGACUCGCUGGUCGACAAUGGCAACAACAACUACCUCGCCACCUCCGCCCGGGCCGACUCCCCGCCCUACGGCCUUGACUACCCAACUCAUCGCCCCACCGGCCGCUUCUCCAAUGGCUUCAACAUCCCUGACUUUAUCAGCCAAGCUAUUGGUUCGGAGUCAACGUUGCCUUACUUGGACCCGGAGCUCAACGGUCAAAAGUUGUUGGUCGGAGCAAAUUUCGCUUCUGCUGGAAUCGGGAUUCUGAACGAUACUGGCAUUCAGUUUAUAAACAUUAUAAGGAUAAGCGAACAGUUGCAGUAUUUCCGGCAGUACCAACAGCGGGUGAGCGCAUUGAUAGGCGCACAACAGACACAGAAUCUCGUGAACAAAGCCCUCGUCCUCAUCACCCUCGGUGGUAACGACUUCGUUAACAACUACUUCCUAGUGCCGAUCAGCGCCAGAAGCCUCCAGUACAAUAUCCCCAAUUAUUGUCGCUACCUCAUCUCUGAGUAUCGCAAAAUCUUGACGAGGUUGUAUGACAUGGGAGCUCGAAGAGUGUUGGUGACAGGGACGGGGCCGUUAGGAUGCGUUCCGUCUGAGCUAGCCCAACGGGGAAGAAACGGGCAAUGUGCGCCGGAGCUGCAACGCGCCUCCGGUAUCUUCAACCCGCUUCUCAUCCAAAUGAUUCAAAAUCUCAACCAAGAGCUGGGCUCCACCGUCUUCGUCGCCGUCAAUGCGCAGCAAAUGCAGAACGAUUUCAUCCACAAUCCGCAGGCCUACGGAUUUAUCACGUCGAAAGUGGCGUGUUGCGGACAAGGACCGUACAACGGGAUCGGACUCUGUACACCAAUGUCUAACAUUUGCCCAAACAGAGAUGAAUAUGCGUUUUGGGAUGCCUUCCAUCCAUCUGAGAGGGCGAAUAGCAUCAUCGUCCGGUCCAUUUUGACCGGAACUGAUAAGUACAUGGUGCCGAUGAACUUGAGCACCAUUAUGGCCAUGGAUUCCGACGAGUAACCGCCUGUGCAGGCAUUUCCGGCCGCCCUACUUACAAGUGCACAUUAUAUUGGGCCGUAGAGUUAUAUGUUAAUAUAUCAUUACUAUUAAUCUAUUAUUCCCAUAUUUCUGUUGCUUCAAUUGCUAUAUAGAUCCAUAAAUCGUUGUUUGUGUGCAGUAGUAUUGUAUGCGUGUAUUGGUUCUCACCACCUCCGAUUAUAUAUAUUUAAGUACAUUUCAUUAAUCAUUA